UGGUUGGUUUCUGUCACGUUGUGACUCCGCGGUUCGGAUAUAAAGCGGCAGCGAGGCCAAAAGUAGUGAAGAAAAUGAAGAUUGCCAUCGUUGCUUGUUUAGCGCUGCUGGCGCUGUUGGUGCAGCCGUCCCAACAGCUGACCGGCGGUCCGGGUCCAAUAAACGUCCACGUGGAGGCAUGGAACACGGCCAACCUGGUGCCGAGCUGCGUCCUUGCAGUUGUGUCCCGCUACGGUAGGGCCUACGCCGCUGAGAGUUUGACAGCGUUCGCCCAAGCGGUUACCAACGUCAACGGCUCGUACCGCCAGCUGCGCAUGACACCCACAAUCGAGGCCUGGUUGCGCACUAUGGCCAACACGGCAAGGGACACCAAUAGGGCUGGCCUUGCUGGCCUCAUCGGGAAGCUUUUCGCGUGCGUAGCCACACGCAUCGUGCACAGACGGCCGUGGUGAAAUUAAAACAACAUAAUUUUAA